CAGCUGAAGAGGACGCACAGUUAUAGACAGAGCGGCGGGUGGCAUGAAUACUUCUGAUGUGUGCGACCCCCGGACACUCUGACCCCUCGCUGAGCCGAUGUGAAUUUCUGUCUGGAACACUUGCGCCCACGCGAUGCGGUUAAGGGAUCCAGACCCAUUGGCCGGAUUGUGAUCGCCCUGUGAUUGGAUUUGUGCCAUGUGGACACUCUGAGCUUCUUCCCUCAGUCCGUUGCUUUGUCCCUGGGCGAGACCAUGAUCGAGGUGUGCGUCCCGUCUGUGGGACAUGAGCUGUACAAGUCCGACAAGACUCACACUGUCUUUAGAAUGGAUGUUUUGUUCAAUGGCCGAAGACAUACACUUGACAGACGCUACAGUGAAUUUCAUGCACUUCAUAAACUGCUGAAGAAGACUUGCAAAGUACCAGACUUUCCACCAAAACGAGUGCCAAAUUGGAUGCAAAAAGUUCAGGAACAUAGGAGACAGGGACUAGAGGCCUAUAUACAGGGCGUGUUGUGGUACAACACAGAUGUUCCUAAAGAACUGCUAGAUUUUUUGAAAGUCAGACAUUUCCAUAAAGAAAUAAAGAACUGCAGUGUGGGAUCUUUAAACCUCACAGCAGAGGAAAGCUCCCCGUUAUCACACAAAGCCGUUGUGGGGUUUUACAAGGACUGUUAUAUCUUGCCACCAGAAACAGAUAUCCUAGAGAACAGUGUUUUACGUGGAGUGCUGCAGGGAGUUUACCAGAGGCAGGAUCACAAGUAUCGUCCCACAGUCAACAAACAACCUAUUGCAACUACACAAGUUUUGGAAGCCCAGCAGCCACAACACUGACAGGCUGGCCUAAAAACAGUUCUAUGUCUCUUUGCAAGGAUUUGUAGUAUGUUUUGAUGUAAAUGUUUGGAUUUACAAGUUGUAUUCAUUUAUACAUAAUAUAUGGUCUUAUGUGAUGAGUUCCUCAGAUCUUGCAAGGUGCACACUAAACAGACUAUGGGCUCUACAGGUAACCUCUUCUGAAGGCCUUAAAAACCGGUGUGACAUUUUGAGACCCUUCCUUCAUCAUGGCUUUAUUUGUUUGCUUUUUUAACCAAGAAGAAAUGCUCUACUGUUACAAACUUUGUGAAUAGAGACAUGACUCUCAACUACCCCAUUUUUGGCAUUAAAUAUAAGGCUGCCAUCUGGAAAUUGACUAAGAAAUUGGAAAUCAGGUCUUCAAAAGUGCAGUUUUAAGUGUGAUGUACUGUAUUUUGGCCUUUACCAAAUAGUUCAUGAAAUGUUUUGAAAAUAAAAGCUAUCUACAGAACACUGGAAAGAAGCGGAACAACUCUGACCUGUUUUCCUUCAUGUUCCUUUGAGAUGAGAAGCUGAGAAUGCUAUUAUGGAUCUGUGUGCUAGUGCUAGGACAGGAAGAGGAUAAACUUUUUCUUUGAACGAGGCAAUAUAGAAGCUUGUUUGGUAAAACAUUUAAAUGUACAGCAUCAGUCACCUCAUCUAGUCUAUAUUAGUAUAAGCCAUUUUGAAACAUUCUGUUUUCUGGUCAGUAGGGCCUAAACACCUGUACUAAGUACAGCCUCAGUUAAAGAACACUAUACAGUAUAUUAUCUACAGAAUUGUAUUAGGUCCAGUUCUAAGGAAAUAAUUUUUCUGACAAAGAUAUGGUAUAAUUAACCUUUUGUUGGAAAGACAAGGCAGGUAACAGAAAUGUAAUGUCACAGUUAAAGGAAAAGUAUAGCUUUAGAAGCAGUUUCAGUUAUGUUAAAGGUCACUGCAAGUUACUGUUUCCAAGAUGGCACUGAGCUGAAAUUCUUUGAAAGAGUGAAGAACACAGAAAUACUUGCACUUACAUAGUGGUUGGCUCUAGCUGCAUUUCGUUUCCUUGUAAGGUGUAUGGAGAUAUUGUUGAAACUGAUUUUCUUGUCUUUAUUUGUAUACUCCUGUGUUGUCCAAUGAAGUCUUAUGUAUGAAAA